AUGACUGUAGAAAUGGGUCUCCUAUGUAUUGGUUCCUUAGACGAUCAUUAUUUAUUUCAACAUCCAAAAAUUAGCAAGAGAUCUGCUAUACCAAGUGAUGGUCACCAUUCACUUCUAACAGAGCCUAAGAAUCGAGAUGAUGAUUUGAACAUGAAUGUUAUAGAGGCAUGGGAUUUAGGUUAUACCGGUAAAAAUAUUGUGGUGAGCAUAUUAGACGAUGGACUGGAGACAGAUCAUCCUGAUCUAGUUGAUAACUAUGAUAGAGAAGCAAGUACGGAUAUCAACGAUAAUGAUUCUGAUCCUAAGCCAAGAUUCACAUAUUCCAAUGAAAAUAAGCAUGGUACUCGAUGUGCUGGUGAAGUUGCUAUGAAAGCUAACAAUGAUGUAUGCGGUGUGGGGGUUGCGUAUGAUUCAAAGAUUGGAGGUAUUCGUAUGUUGGACGGAGUAGUAACUGAUGCCGUGGAAGCUGCAUCACUCAGCUUCAACAAGCAACACAUUGAUAUUUAUAGUGCAAGUUGGGGUCCAGACGAUGAUGGAAGAACUGUCGAUGGACCAGGAAACUUAGCUAAAAAGGCAUUCAAGGAUGGUGUGACAGAGGGGCGUGGCGGCAAAGGUAAUAUCUUUGUGUGGGCAUCAGGAAAUGGUGGUCACAAUUCUGAUAAUUGUAACUGUGAUGGAUACCAGGACUCUAUCUAUACUAUGAGUAUUAGCAGUGUUGAUGAGUUUGGAAAUAUACCGUGGUAUUUGGAGCAAUGCUCGUCUACAUUAGCUACCACCUAUAGCAGUGGUGAACAAGGAGGGAGUCAAAUCAGUUCAACAGAUCUCCAACAUGAGUGUACAGAUAGCCAUACUGGUACAUCUGCUUCAGCACCACUUGCAGCUGGCCUGAUAGCAUUGGUAUUGGAAGCUAAUUCUGCGUUGACUUGGCGAGAUGUACAGCAUAUCGUUGUCAUGACAUCAAGACGAGGUAAUUUGAUCGAUAAAGACCCUGGUUGGGUAACCAACGGUGCUGGUUAUGAAGCUGGUAUGGCUUUGGAUGAUGGAUGCUGGCGCCAUGUGAGAUUAGCCGAGAAAUGGAAAGAAGUUCCCACUCAAAAUGAAUGUGAAACACCAGUAGACACCAUUGCUAAAAAAAUUUCUGGCAGUGGAAAAAUCAUUGUCACCAUGACGACAGAUUUCUGUGAUACACAGACUGAAAAAGUCAACUAUCUAGAACAUGUGCAGGUGAAAAUGUUCCUUGACUUCAGUAGAGAUGGUGAUCUCUCUAUUGAUCUAAUUUCUCCCGCUGGUACGCGAUCAAAUCUUCUAUCUCCACGGAAGUAUGACCACUCAGAAAAUGCAUUCGAAAAUUGGAUUGCUAUGACAACUCAUUUUUGGGGUGAGAAGGCACAAGGAACAUGGACUUUGGAGAUUCAGAACAAAGGAUCAUCAUUCAAUACAGGUAAUUUUUUACAUGCCUAA